AUGGAUAACAAGACGACUGAAGACAAAAUAUUGGCCGAGGCAAUGGCCAGGGCGGCGGUGUCGGAGAAGCAAGUGGACUUCGCGGCGCCGGCCCAAGUCUCUACAAUACCUCCGUUGCCAUUACCCUUGCCGUUACCCUUGCCUUUGGCUUUGCCUCCGCCACCGCCACCGCCGCCGUCAUCGCUCUCUCCGCCGCCGUCAUCGUUGCCUCCGCCGCCGUCACCACCGCCAGCGUCUUCAUCAUCAAGGACAACGACGCAAGAUGGCAUCGUGCUGGGCGCGGGCGCAACGAAGGGUGGAACAGCCGCGGCCGCGGCCGCGGUCGUGGCCGUGGCCGUGGCAGCGGCCGCAGCCGCCCCUACGCCAUGA